AUGGGCCUCAUUGAGAAGUUCCUCCCGAAGGAGGACAGGUUCGCGGCACUUUUGCUCUAUGGCAUGGUGUUUAGUACUUGCUUCAAUGGAUACGAUGCUGGAAUCAUGACUGUCAUCCUGGCCGAUGAACAGUUCACCGAGUACUACAACAUCGACGCCGGCCGCCAGGGUGUGGUUGCAGUCAUUCCAUGGGCUACUACCGGUCUCGCACAGUUGUUCGUCGGAGGCGCACUUGCGAGCUGGGUCGGUCGUAUUUGGGCACUGCGGAUCAGCAUUGUUUUUAUGUGCCUUGGGAUUGUCGUACAGGUCGUCCCAAACACGUAUGCAGUGCUCAUCGUGGGACGACUCAUGACUGGACUUGGCUCUGGAUGCGUCUACAUUGCCUCGAACCUCUAUGUGGCUGAGUGCUCGCCUCGCUUGCUGCGAGGAAGUUUUGUUGGCACUGUCAGUCAGUUUGGAUAUCAGCUUGGCACGCUCAUUGCAUUCUGGGCCGGAUAUGGCAUGUCGUUCCACAAGUCACCUUACAACAUUGCUUGGAGAGUAUCGAACGUCAUUCAGAUCCCCAUCGGAUUGAUGUUCGUCGCACUGUCUAUGUUCUAUCCGGAGAGUCCACGUUGGCUUCUUGAGAGGAGACCAGAAGAACCAGAGCGAGCGUUGAAGACGCUAGCCAAGAUCAGAUCAGGCAGCCCGACUGAUGACCGCGUCCGCGAAGAGUUCCACGAAAUGGUCGCCUCGUAUGAGUUUCGAAAGAGAUAUGACACUGGAUACAUAGGCCUCUUCACAAACGCCGCGAUGCGAAAGCGUCUUCUAUAUGGCAUCUACGCCAUGGCACUCCAACAAUUCGGUGGCAUCGCAGCUCUGACGAUGUACGCGACACUCAUCUACAAGAGUCUCGGCUGGGACCAAGGGAGCCAGGCACUGGCCAUCAACGGUAUCCAAGCUGUGUUGCAGCUCUUCAUCGUUCUGGUCAACACGUUCACGGUCGACAAAUUUGGACGCAAGCAGCUGCUCAUCUGGGGGUUCGCGAUACAGUCAACGGCUCUUCUGAUCCUGUCCAGCUUGACGACCGCCUUCCCCGCGAACGGUAACAAGGCUGCGGCAGUGGUUGAGAUUGCCAUGUUCUUCAUCGUUGGUCUGACAUACUGCUGGAGCAACGGACCUAUUCCACCUGCCAUUGCAUCAGAGAUCUUCCCACAGCACGUCCGAGACAAAGCCUUCGGUCUCUCCCUCCUCGGCCAAACAGUGUGCCUCAUCGCCCUCACACAACCCUGGCCAACAUUCAAUGCGGAAGUGGGCGCAAGGUCAUACUGGCUACUCUUCUCACUCAACGUCGUUGCGUUGAUCUCAGUCAUCUUCAUUCUGCCGGAGACUAAGGGCAUCAGUCUUGAGAGGAUGGACAAGAUCUUUGGACAACUUGACGCUGUGCAAGGUGGUGAGCUCGAGGAGUCGAAGGCUGUCUCUGCAAUUGAGGGUCACACUGCGGAGAGGUCUGGCUCAGGCGAUAUGGAGAAGGAGGCGCCGGUGAAUCAUGUUGAGGUGUCGGGCAAGGGGUUGUGA